UCCUACAGCAUGAAUUUCUUUAACAGCUCAGUGGAUGACUUGUGUUGGAAUUCUGUGGAGUUGCCCUUUAAAGUGAGCGGUCUCUUUAAAGCCCCCGAGCUUCAGCCCCUGCCUCCAUCCCUUUCGUGGAGAAUAUGAUCUGGAGUUUCUCCUCAGCGCGAGCAGAGUGGACUAACAGUGGACCUACAACAUCUAGACCCGCACAGAGCUCCUCUAUCUGCAGCUGUAGCACCGCAGCGCAGCACAGCACAGCGUUACGCGCUCCUGGCUAGUUUCCCACAUUACGAUACUGAGCGCUGAGGGAGUAACGGGGCAUUGUUUUCUGAGGUGUUCCAGCUUUUCUGAGUGCUGUGUGUUUACAGCGCCAUGUGUACUGCGGUGUUCUGUGGAUAGACCAUGUCUUCUUCUUCAGGAUGGGCGCAAACAAUGGCAAACAGUAUGGAAGUGAAGGUAAAGGAAGCUCCAGCAUUUCCUCCGACGUGAGCUCCGGCACUGAUCACACGCCCACCAAAGCUCCCAGGAAUGUGGCUACCAGUGAAGACUCAGAUCUCAGCAUGCGGACACUGAGCACCCCCAGUCCUGCUCUCAUCCUAAGCCCGAGGUCUUCUCCACUUUCUCCCCAAACUGUCCCAAAUGGUCACGAAUCUCCAUCCCCAUCCUCCACCAUUCCUGGAGAAACUGUUGCCAUUGUGCACGCCCCUCCUUCAACGCAAGUCUCCAAACGUCCUUCUAAGACUCACCACACACCGCUUAUUGACUUCCUCCCGGACCCCGUCCUCCUGCAGGUGUUCUCCCACCUGUCCACUCCGCAGCUGUGCCGCUGUGCUCGAGUCUGCCGCCGCUGGUACAACCUGGCCUGGGACCCACGCCUCUGGAGAACCAUCCAGCUGACUGGAGAGUCGCUCCACGCUGACCGAGCCCUGAAGAUCCUCACCCACCGUCUGUGCCAGGACACCCCCAACGUGUGCCUGACCCUGGAGACUGUGGUGGCCAGCGGCUGUCGAAGGUUGUCGGACCGUGGCCUACAUGUGGUGGCGCAGUCGUGCCCGGAGCUGAGACGCCUGGAGGUGGCAGGCUGCUAUAAUGUGACCAAUGAGGCUGUGUUUGACGUGGUGUCCCGCUGUCCCAACCUGGAGCACCUAGAUGUGUCAGGCUGCCCCAAAGUGACCUGCAUCAGCCUGACCCAGGAGACCUCAGUGCAGCUAUCCCCCAUCCAGGGCCAGCAGACCGGCCUACGCUACCUGGACAUGGGCGACUGUGUUUCGCUGGAGGACAAGGGUCUUCACGCGAUCGCCUCACACUGCCCACGCCUCACACACCUGUACCUGCGGCGCUGCAGCCGGCUGUCAGACGAAGCCCUGCGCCAGCUGGCCCUGCACUGCCCCGCCCUGCGAGAGCUCAGCCUCAGCGACUGCCGGCUGAUCAGUGACUUCGGGCUGCGCGAGGUGGCGCGCAUGGAGGGCCGUUUGCGGUACCUAAGUGUGGCACAUUGCACACGCAUUACUGACGUUGGCCUGCGCUACGUGGCUCGCUACUGCCCGCGUCUGCGCUACCUGAACGCCCGGGGCUGCGAGGGGCUGACGGACCAGGGCUUGGGCCACUUGGCCCGCAGCUGCCCCAGACUGCGCUCGCUGGACGUGGGCCGCUGCCCGCUGGUGUCGGACAUGGGACUGGAGAUUUUAGCGCACUGCUGCCCGGGGCUCCGGAGGCUCAGUCUGAGAGGCUGUGAAAGCGUGAUCGGGCGAGGGCUGCGGGCACUGUCUGCAGGUUGCCCUGAACUGCAGAUGCUUAACGUGCAGGAGUGCGAGGUGCCCCCGGAGGCUCUGCGACUGGUCAGACGCCACUGCAGACGCUGUGUGAUAGAACACACCAUCCCGGCCUUUUACUGAGAGCGCGGGAGGAUGUGAUGGGAACACUGUUCUGACAAGCGGAUAACUUUUCUUAGCCGCAGCUUUUUAUGGUUGGUUGCUGUAGAAUGUGUGUGAUGUAUGAAGCUCUGUUCAAGGUGGAUUAUUUUACCUGGGGAGGAGAAUUUAGUGUAAUUUGAUAAGUGUGUGAUCUGCAAUAAAAAUAAAAUAUCACAAUUAGGGCUAGAAGAUUUAUUUUACAAUAUAUAUUUAUUCAUUUUGGUCCAUAUGAUUUAAAUUAAAUUUUAAUCCUGACAAUAGUCUGUAUCUAAAAGCUUAUGAAAAAGGCUUAAGAAAUAAUGUACUGUAUAUUUAAAUGUAUUUUAAAAAUGCCACCGUUAUUAAAUUUUAAUUUUUAUUCCCAUAAUUAUUGAUUUUAAAUCAUUGUCCAGUCCUGAACAUAAUACUUUCAUACAUGAUUUAGAUACACAGUAUUGAAAUAUCAGUUACACAGUUCCCCAAUCCACUCACUAGGGCUCCCCCUAUUCCUCAUAAUGCCCUUAACAUUAGGAUAGAGAACACCAGCACAUGACUCCUCCGAUAACUGUGAAGUCAGCUACUGGCUCUUGUCCAAUUACAACUUAUGUAGCAUUACUUGGAAGCCAGCGUACUUAAAGAAAAGCACAGCAACUCAGCUCUGAUACAUCAGCUAAUAGACAGAUGCCUGUGCUGAAACAACAUUAUAUUAAAAGUGAUGUGUGGAUAGAGUGCCAUCUCACCACCCAGAGGGAGCAUAUCCAAUAAGGCUCUCUCUGACUCCAGCUACUGAUGGCAAGCACCAUGACCUGGGUUUUGAACCGGCAAUUAUUUGUUAUGUCUCAUGUAAACUUGGCUGCUACUUGGUUUUUGCUUGGUUACAAGCAAGUGAGGUGUACUGAUACAGAGAUCAGGGUUCAGAGUGCUGUUACUGUCUGAUACUGACUCUUAGCAAAUGGGUUUUACCCAAUCACAGUCUAAAAUCGGAUCUGUGUUACAAAUCAUUAUCGUUUAUAUUCAGUAUUUCUCACAUAUUUAAUCAGUAUUAUUGCUUCUGUGGAACUAUUAAUGUAUUAACACAUUUAAAAAUAUUUUUUUCUUUUAAUCCUGUUCCAAUAACCAUACUUCUAAUUAUUUACAGGAGUAGUCCCUAUUAUGCGCAUCUAGACUAUGCCAUUUCUCUGUGGGCCAAUUGUGCUCCAGCAUUUUGUGGGAAAUUACACAGAUAAUCCCAACAAACUACAUUACAAGACCUCCUCUGGUAAAACAAAUCCACCGUGAGCAGUGCUUACGAUGACUUUGUGUGCAAUACAUGCCUCUGUUGAAGUAGUUAUGCAGUCCUUGCCAAUACGUGAUGUGUGUAAAAGUAUUUAUCAGACAAAAGGGUUACAUUACUAUAUAAGCUGAUAUUCUAACUAAAGCUGGUAUUCUAGUAUGUUUGUCUAUGUCAAAAGAUAUUGAUCUUUUUGAGUUUUUAUUGAAAUACUGACCUGACUUAUGCUAUAUGUGCAGCAUCACCACUGUCCGGAUAUACUUUAUUGCCUUUUUUAUACUAUAGAAGCAUUGGUUCUCAGCCCUGGCCCUGGAGUGCACCCCCUGCUGGUGUUGCAAGGCAUCGCUGUCCAAAGAAAAACACUUACAUAUGCACCCUCCUUAUUAGCAACUUUUCAGUAGAAGGUAAAAACCCAUCAAAUUUUUAUGGGUUUAAUUUUAAAUGUAAAAAUAUUUUAUUCUCAUUUGGAGUGUUUCGGUUGGUUCAUUCAUCAUCUUUUAAUACAAUGUGAAGGACAGCUGACAUGUUCAAAUAAUAUAAUAAACAAAGGAAAACAUAGAGAUACAUAAAGGAUUCCGGAUCGGGAUUGGCCACACUGUUUUAAUAUUGUUUCAGAGUAUGUCCAUUCCUUUGUCUUUUACAGUGCUUGUAUAAUAAUGUGUUUAAUGUGGGUACUUGCACUUUAAAAUUAAUCUGCAACAAUCACUAUCGUUGUAUUGAAAGUGCCAUUUUUAUGUAGCUGUGUAAAGCUGAAGAAGUGCCCCUGGACAAGACAGGGAAUACAGAAAAAGGGAACAGUUAUAAUCAGUGUUACGGAGUUGUUGAUUCAAAGAAAUGAUACAAAGAAACAUUGCUGCUACAAAUAAAGGGCUACUUAUUUAA